UUUAUAAAAGAAAACCUUAGCUAAUCAUACAUCUACAUAUAGACAUAGAUACAAGUGAGAGUUUUACACUACUUAUUUGGUUGCAACUUCAAUUUUAUAAUGAUGAUGGAUAGAUCUUGGUCAUGGAAAUUCUUUGCUUCUCUCAUUCUAAUCAUCCAUUCUCCGAUUUGCUCUUGUGACAAAGCUCCAAACUACUCUUUCAUGCGUGACGCGACUGGGAGUCCAACGACGUCGUACUACGAUUACAUCAUCAUCGGUGGUGGGACCGCCGGCUGCCCUCUAGCCGCAACGCUGUCUCAAAACGCUAGCGUUUUGCUACUGGAACGCGGUGGUGCACCAUACAACAACCCAAACAUCACGAUGCUCUCGGCUUUCGGAGCCGCUCUCUCUGACUUGUCUGAAGCCUCACCGUCUCAGCGUUUUGUAUCGGAGGACGGCGUCAUUAACGCACGUGCUCGAGUUCUCGGCGGUGGAAGCGCUCUCAACGCCGGCUUCUACACACGUGCCGGAACCAAAUACGUUAGGAACAUGGGUUGGGACGGAGCGCUAGCGAAUGAGUCGUACAGUUGGGUAGAAGCCAAAGUGGCGUUUCAGCCGCCGAUGGGGCCGUGGCAAACCGCCGUGAGAGAUGGGUUAUUGGAGGUUGGUAUCGUCCCCAACAAUGGCUUCACUUAUGAUCACAUCAAUGGCACCAAAUUUGGCGGUACUAUUUUUGAUCGGGAUGGCCAUAGACACACCGCCGCCGAUUUGCUAGAGUACGCCGAUCCCAAGGGUAUUACCGUCCUUUUGCAUGCCACCGUCCACCGGAUCUUGUUUCGGACUCGAGGUACCACCAAGCCUAUAGCCAACGGAGUUGUGUACCGAGACCGGACCGGUCAGGCCCACCGAGCUUACUUAAAGGAAGGCUCACUUAAUGAGAUCAUAGUAUCAGCCGGAACCCUAGGGAGCCCACAACUUCUGAUGCUAAGCGGCGUUGGCCCAUCAGCUCAAUUACAGGCCCAAAACAUCACGGUUGUGAUGGACCAACCUCAUGUAGGUCAGGGCAUGUAUGACAACCCAAUGAACGCCGUGUUCAUCCCUUCUCCGGUCCCCGUCGAGGUCUCACUCAUUGAGGUUGUCGGAAUUACCGGCGAAGGAACAUACGUGGAGGCUGCUGGUGGCGAGAAUUUUGGCGGCGGUGGUGGUAGUGGCUCCUCCACUAGAGACUACUACGCAAUGUUCUCUCCAAAAGCAACAUUAUUAGAGUCAAACUCAAUGCCCAAGCUAUCAUCAGCCCAACCUUUUCAAGGAGGAUUCAUUUUAGAAAAAGUAAUGGGCCCAAUAUCCACUGGUCAUUUGGAGCUCCGGACCCGUAACCCGAAUGACAACCCAGUUGUGACUUUCAACUAUUUCCAAAACCCUGACGACCUUAAACGAUGUGUUCGAGGGAUCCAAACCAUAGAGAGAGUUGUGCAAUCUAAGGCCUUUGCGAGGUUUAAGUAUGCAGAUAUGUCUUUCGAGUAUAUGCUUAACCUUACGGCGAGUACUCCGGUCAAUCUAAGGCCGCGUCGCAGCGGUCCUGGAGCCUCGUUGCCACCAUCCGCUGAGGAAUUUUGCCAACAUACGGUUACAACAAUUUGGCAUUACCAUGGAGGAUGUGUUGUGGGUAGAGUGGUCGAUGAGGAUUAUCAGGUUAUUGGUAUCGACCAGCUUAGAGUCAUUGAUAUGUCGACCGUUGGUUAUUGUCCCGGGACAAACCCUCAAGCCACGGUUAUGAUGCUUGGCAGGUAUAUGGGUGUGAAGAUCUUGAGAGAGAGACUCUCCAAGAAGUAGAGUUCUGAAUCGGAUCAUGGUCUAGUGAAACGUUGUUUAAAAUGAAAUUAAUCAAGAUUCUAUUGUUCAAUGCUUUAAACAGCUGAUUAUAUAUUGUACUUCGUAUUUUUCUUUUUUGCUCCUUAGUAUUGGGCCAACUUGACAUGCAUAGACAUGUUUUCCGAUAGCCACGUUUUGUCCAUUUUCUAUGUUUAAGAAAAUUACACUAUACAA